AUGCAGCGUCAUCGGAUUCAAUUCCACUUUUUGUUUUCUCUAUUUCAUCUGCUUAUUGGUGUUAUUCUUGGAAAAAGCAAGAAAUCCAACAUCGUCGUUCCCUUAACCGACUCCCACUCCUCCCUCCACUCGCAUUCCAAAACCAAAGGCCUCGUUGGCCUUUCGUGGCUUUUCCCGAGAGGCCUCAAGAAGAAGAACAAGAACGAGAAUUCGCAAAUCACAAAUUCUCGGCCGGAGGAUUUUGGGGUCUUAUCGAUCGAUUCGUUAAGACACGAGCUGGCGAGAGCGAACGAGGAUAAAAACGCCGCAUUAAACGAGGUUUUGGAAAUGAAAUCGUCGGUCGGCGAGCUUAGUCAGAAAUUGGAGUAUUUGGAGACUUAUUGCGAAGAACUGAAAAAGGUCUUGAGGCAAGUCAAGAAUUGUCCUCAAAUGCCGGGAAAUAGUGGAAAAUCGGUUGGUGAAAGUUGUGAAGAUGAUCAAAUAUUGCCGGUGAGUAAAGAGGUCAUGGUCGAGGGCUUCUUGCAGGUCGUGUCCGAAGCAAGAUUAUCGGUAAAACAAUUCUGCAAGACUUUGAUUAAGCAGAUAAUUGAAGAGAACGAUUAUACGCUAAAGGAUAAUUUGAACUCCCUCCUUCGGCCGUACAAGCUGUCGCUAAACUCGAAAUACUCGAAAGCCGUUUUGUACCAUUUGGAGGCCUUUGUAAACCAGUCUCUCUACCAAGAUUUCGAGAACUGCGUUUUUACGAAAAAUGGGGCACCGAAGCUUUUGGACCCGCAGCAAGAACGCGUGGCCAAGUUCCAAAUGUUUGUUUCGUUGAGGAAUCUGAGCUGGAAUGAGGUUUUGAGGAAAGGUACGAAAUAUUAUAGUGAGGAGUUUAGUAAGUUUUGCGACCAGAAAAUGAAUGGGGUUAUUGGCAUGCUCGGGUGGAUUAGGCCGUGGCCCGAGCAGCUGCUGCAGGCGUUUUUCGUGGCUGCAAAGUGCAUUUGGUUGGUGCAUUUGCUCGCCUUCUCGUUUAAUCCGGGCUUGGGCAUUUUGAGGGUCGACCAUAAUAUGCCGUUUGAGGGGAGUUACAUGGAGGACUUGUUUGGGGACAAGCAGAAGCCACAUGGGCCGGGGCGGGUCAAGGUUAUGGUGAUGCCUGGGUUUUAUGUGCAUGAUGAGGUGCUUAGGUGCAAGGAUAUUUAA